CGCACGGUGAUCUGCUCUGUAUAGUACAACCUGGAAGGCUUUUUUCCAUCACGGUAGGGGGGUGGCUGUGGAGUGGGGUGUUCCUGUUUUUGUCGAGCGUUGCACCGUGAAGCGUUGAAGAAUGGAGUAAUUAAGUGAAGAAGAGCCCCGCUUUUGCUUUGGGAAGAAAGGCAGAAGAGUGUCCACAUAUGAUGGAUGAGCUGGCAUUUGAGUGAAAAUUGAGGAAAAAGGGUCCGAGCAUAAAGAAGGGAAAACUAUAUGUAUGAGUGAAUGCAAAUACACCGAGUGAGGAAAGUGAUACAUCUAAUUUUAGCGAGGGAAAGAAAAAAGGAGCAAAGGGGAAAAUGUACACAAAAUAAUCAAGCAAUUUCUCUAUCGAGUUUCUGUCGUCGUCGUCGUCGUCGUCGUCGAGUGUGAAAAGUGUAUUUCUCGCUGUUUGGUGUUUUUUGUUUGUUCAAUGAGCGCAAAGAGGUGGGAAAUUUUGGUUUUGCUGUUUGUGAUUGUUGUGUGAUUCCCAGAGUAGUAGGAAGAAUAAGAAGUCGGGAAGUGCAGGAGAAAGAAGAAAUGUGGACCUCGGCACGCGUAAUCGAGUGGCAGGAAUAAUAGUACCGUUAGUGAGGACAUGCUGUGAGCUGCAGCAGAGUGAAAGAAGAGCACGAGUGGUGGCAGUGAAAAUUGUCUUUUAAUUGUCUCCGCGGCGUGAGCUGUCUCAAAUGUUGAAAUAUAAAAUAAACAACCCCUAAAAGUGUAGCAUUUCGAUGGGAAGUGCUGUACGAGAAGUGAUCGUGAAAGUGUAAGAGCCAACCAAGAAGAAAAGGAAGAAAAUGCCAAUGGAUGUGAUUUCAUAAUCGACGGCCUUUUCUCUCACGCGGUGUGUUUGUUGGUGACCUUUUACGACCCUUCACAUGCAUGAUACGACUUCUACGUUUGCCCGGGAAAUCCAACAAACAGGAAGAGAACGGCAAUCACACCCACCGAGUGAGAGAAGAAUGCAAAUAGCUGCUUCCGGUUCUGCUGGCACCGGAUGAGUUGAAACUAGAGAACGAAGGGUCAUCACUGUCGGCGCGAUUCGACCACAAUUGGAAUCAAUUUUUGAGGUGGUCUCUGUCGCUUGGUGUUGAGCUUCAACGACAACCGGAGAAGAUGAGUGACAAGCUAGCGGCUGGUGGCCGGUACAACCGUAUCAGUCCAUCGUCGGGCCGUGGUUCGAUCAUUGCCUACUCGCCGUUGCCGAAAUCCGAACAGGAUUGCCUCCAGGCGCCGGGAAACAAUUGCCUGGCCAUUCCGUUGUCCGCCAUCCAGACCGACAACAAUAACCAUCAGAAGGCGAUGCCUCCGAUGCCUUCGCUCGGUGUGGUUGGCGGUGGUGGCAAGGGAGCCGUCAUCAGCACCGGACCCAACCAUGGGCACGGUAAUCAUGCCGAUGGGACGACUGCGGGCCAUAAACACGCCGGUCAGAAUCAUAACAAUAAUAACAACAACGUCAGUUUCGGUGGUCAACCGGGAAGCGGUGGUUUCGUCAGUUCCCGAAGUGAACCAAUCUCGCUGGCAACGCUCGACAAGGACUGCUUCAUCAUCCCGGUGCACAGUUUAGACCGGUUUCUGCCCGCCGGAAUUCCCCUUCCCACCCCGGAAACGACAGAUCCCACCCAGUCUGGACCGCUCAGCGUGCUCGAGGUAUCGGAUCCGAAGAUUUGCAUUCUGGCACAUUUGAUGAGCCCAUUGGAACCAAUCGAUCCUCUGCUGGAAUCACCCCUGGCGCACCCGCUAUCGAAGCAGCGAGCCGUUGCGUCAGAACUGCUGAAUGAAGUACAACAGGGCAACAAUGCCGUCGGCGGGAUGCUGCUGGCCAACAUGGAGCGAAGCUCAGCCGAAUUUCCCUUCAUUGCGUACUAUGUGAUAAACACCACCCAGACCGAUCCGGCCAUGUUCUACACCGGAGUCCGAGGAGCAUCGCUGUCCAAGUUCGAACCGAAAAACACCCGCUACACGGCUUCCCACACCCUGGACCUCUACAGCGAAGUGGCUUCCAUCUGUCGACCUCCGUUGGCACUGGCCCCCAACGAAAUCGGUAGCGUCAAGAGGGGCCAAACUCCAACGACCGGCUACAUCAUCAGCGUGUAUAAGGUCUACGAAGGUGACGACGGCGAACGGUUCGAACGGAAUUGGCUUUACUGGACCGGUGCCAGGAUGAUUUACAGAUAUCUGCCAAAAACCGCCGGCCUUCGACGGAUCACCCUCCACAAGAGCGUAUCCUCCCGAGGGGACAAAAUGUAUCUGCUGAUUUGCGAGUGUGCCGAUCUGUUGAAGGACCUCUCUGCGGCCGCCCUGCUGAUACCGGCCCUCCGAGCGCGCCUCUGUGGCUACACGGGACUCUACCGGCCCAUCCAGACCUUCUAGGACAAGUGAAACGAGCGAGCGGCUGCACUUUAGUCUCCUUUCCCAUCCUCCUGAUUCUCCCGUUCGGACCCUCAGCGCCGCUCAGCACUCUCGUUCUCACUUAGCACCCAACACCAGCAUUAUCAAGGUCACGCGCCUCCCGCCAGAACGUUGAGUUGUACAUUUUCGAUGGCUAAUCAAGUGAAUCGAAUUUAAGGAAAUAUUUUCCAUUACAUUUUUUUAAUUCAGAUAAAUAACGAUAGAACGAAACUAGUGAUUAAUUCCGUUUUUAUGUAAUAAGACAACUAGAUGAACAUACAAAAAAACGUAGAACAUUAUUUUUUUCUAAAAUAAAUAAAUUUAACGCAUUGUUUCCAGAAGACGGUUGUGCAAAAAAAGUAUAUAAUAAUAUAAUAUCAAAGAAUUAAAACUUUAAGCGGAUAGUAAAAUACGAGAGUAGCAAAGCAAUGAAAAGCCAAUUCGUGAAAAAACGAAUAUUUAUCGGGCAAGUCAAAACUCCGUCACCACACACACACACAUACAUACACAACAACACGGUGAACACUUAUAAGCUUAACAAUUUUUAUCGACAGCAGUAAAAGCAAUAAGUUACCAGUAUUUACUAAACAUAGGACGCGAAAAGAGGUGAAUGGAACAAAACAAAACAAAAACAUACAUAAAUUGAACAACUGCCAGAAGCAGCAGAAAUAGAUUGAUACGAGAAAAAAAAUCGUUUUCCUACGCUCGGAAAAGAAAAAUUUGCAACUACAGAAAAAAAAAAUAAUCAACCACAACAAUGUAAAAUGAAAGGACACCCAUGGUUUCAUAUACGAUUAUACAAUCAUCGAACUAACUUUAUUUACACUCUUCCACACUCGCAAUCGUACCACCUAGACACACGAAUAUACGUACAACAUCCCGACACACACCUACACCCACACCCACACACCCACGUUAGUUACAUCAAGUUUGAAUUGACAACAAAAGAGGAAUCAUAGAGAAUUUAUUGAAUUACGAAUUACGACGGUUGAGGCUAUUAGGUUCGUCCUUAGGGCAUAUGAUGCCACGUGUCUAUAUUUUGAAUGAAACAUGAUUGAAUUUGUUUUCCAACGGAAACAAUCCGCGUACAAUUCACCGAAGGAACAAAGUUCCUGGAAUCAGAUUGGAAAAUAUAUGAAUCGAUCGAUACCCGGGUGUUGAUUUGAUUGGGAAUUCGUAGCACAAUUUGACGUCGGAAGGUGGUCUCGGAUGAAAGGUGAUCGUAGGAAUGUCAGUCACUAAAACUGUGGUCAUUCAAAGCGUAUGAAACGAAUUGCUUGAUUGUGAUUUAAAGCAAAGUGAAAAACGAUAAAACUUACUGCUUUUUGAGAAGGUUACUUCAGCGGACCACUCAACCCUUGUGCCAUCCAUGAUUACAGUACAAGAAGGAGCCGGUUUCAGUUUGGGCGAUUGCCGAUGGAGGAACAUGAUCGCUUGUGUUUUGGAGGCAUUGAUUUUGAUUUUCCACGUGGUGGCAUAAUCAGCAAAGGCGUUAAGGCAUCCUUGAAGUUUGUUCGUUAUUUCGCGAGGCAUCCUUCCUUUGACGGCUAUUGCGGUAUCAUCUGCGAACAGGAAAAACACGCAACCGUCUCCAAGGGGAGGAAUGUCGGAAGUGUAAAUGCUGUAAAGCAAGGGGCCCAGCAGACUGCCUUGCGGGACUCCUGCUGGGAUAGAAAACGUGUCUGAAAGACAACCAUUCAACGAUACCUUAAACGACCUUUGCUGGAGGU